AUGCAGCGAGGGUGCUUGAGUGCAUCCCAGCCGUCGGGCCAUCCCUCCGAGGACACCACCCUCAUCCGUCAGAUCUUCGGCGGGACUUGCAGCUCUCAGAUCCAGUGUGUCCACUGCCUCGGUGUCUCAGACACGUUCGACCCUUAUCUGGACAUCAGCCUGGAUACCACCGCGGCUCAGAGUGUGGAGCAAGCUCUGAGAGAGCUGGUGAAGCCCGAGAAGCUGGACGUUGAAAAUGCCUAUGACUGUGGCGUUUGUCUCCGGAAAGUGCCUGCCACCAAGAGGUUGACUUUGCACAGGACGUCCCAGGUCCUGGUGCUGGUGCUGAAGCGGUUCACACAGGUGAGCGGGGCCAAAAGGGCUCAGGAAGUGUGCUAUCCCCAGUGCCUCGACCUGCAGCCCUUCACGUCUGAGCGGAAAGCAGGGCCACUGGGCUACGUGCUCUAUGCCGUGCUGGUGCACUCUGGGUGGAGUGGUGAGCGAGGACAUUACUUUUCUUUCGUGCGAGCGGGCAACGGCCAGUGUUAUAAGAUGGGCGAUGCCAAGGUGACGGCCUGUGAUGAGAGUGCUGCCCUGAGCCAGGGCGCCUACAUCCUCUUCUACUCCCGGGAGGGUGCGUGGCAAGGGGGUGCUGGGGGAGGGUCUGCGGCCCCCCUCACGCCUGACCCCACACACCCCGGGGAACCUGACCCUGCCGGCCCCGGGGAGCCUGUGGGCGAAGCCAGCGGCAGAGCUCCUGGGACACAGGUGUCCCCGGGGGCCACAGAGGUCGAAGGAAUCAGCUUAGAGCAGUGGAGACGCCUAAAAGAGCACAACCGGCCGAAGACGGCCUCCGACCUCUGGAAGAUCCAGUCGGCCCUGCCUGCCGGCCCAGUCGUGAUUCACCAGUCCAAACACGGAGCAGGGAGAAACGGCAAGCUGCCCGAAGAGGAGCACGACCGGCUCGACCGUUCCAGCAUGCACAGCCCGCCUCCGGGCCCAAUGAGCGUUGGCAACGGCCCUUGUGCCAGCGGGAGGGCCCGAGCGACCAAGAGGAAAAACAAGAAGCCGCGGCCAUCUCUGGGGCUGUGGCGAGGGCAAGGUAGUCGGCCCAGCGCCGCUGGUGCGGAUGCCCUUCGGGGACCCUCUGUCCCUGAGGUGUCAUCGCCGGCACUUGGUUGGCCCCAGCGGGGUGACUUGGCUCCUGGGUCGGCAGGGCUGGCGCCUGGCCACCAAGUCGCCCUGAGCUGGAGGGGGCCGUGGGGGGUCGGGGCUGGGCUUCAGAAUCUGGGGAACACCUGCUACGUGAAUGCAGUGCUGCACUGUCUGAGCCACAUGCCACCCCUGGCCCGCUGGAAUGUGUCCCAGCAGCACGCCACCCUCUAUCCGGUUCGAACCUCCUGCACGCUCUGUGCUGGGCGAGCUCACGUGACCCGAACCCUCCUUCACCCGGGAGAGGUGAUCCGGCCCCGCAAGGACCUGCCGGCGGGCUUCCACAGACACUAG